ACCGCGUCGACUGGAGCUCGCGGGGAUCCUCAACUCUUUGGGUCCGCGGUGAAUGAACUCUUCCAGACACUUGGACACUUCUGAUCAUCUGACUGGAUUCUGUCACGCCGUAAAGCACACUGGCAUCUAAAUUCAUCUCCGUCCGUCGAUCCAGAGGCGUUUGUUACACACACACACACACACACUGGACUUUUGUGUCGGUUUUUACGUCUGAAGAAGGAAAGAACGAAAGGACUAUUUUAGCUUUAUUUUAGGUUGAAGUUAGUUUACAUUUUUUAUUCAUAUGAAGGAUAUGGGCAGAUGUGGAAAUGUUGCGUUUUGUGCGAUGGUGCUCUUCUACUGUUCUUUCAUUACAGGUGAUUAUCUCUGCGUGUCAUCUGCGGCUGACGUGUCUUCAUCACCUCACAGCUCGACCCCCGGCAGCAAUCAGACGCAGUCCUCCACUAACAUCACCAAAAACACUGAACCCACACCGCACACAGACACAACUACAGUAAUGUUGGUGAACUCAUCUGCCCCGGCCGAGAACAUCAGUUUCUCUGGGAACGUCACAGACAGUCGAAACGUCUCUGAUGUGUCACCUGUGAAUAAUGAGACAGCAGUUACCACGGUAAAACCUACCACACUCCCACCAUCAACGACCCACGAGCCCACAAGCAGCAUCCACGUCAGCACGCUCCACCCGACAUCCACCACCGCAGGAACCAGCGGAGCUCCAGAAUCAACGAGUGCUCGCAGCAGACCAACCACGCAGAUGACCGCGAGCAGCAGUCCCGUCCAGGCCAAAGCCCACGCCGACACCCCCUCGGCUCUGAACGUCGGAGACCACGACAAUAGCAAAGAGUCCACUGACCCGCUGCUGGCUGGACUGGUGUCGGCGUUCGUCAUCGUCGCUGCCAUCGUGUCCGUCCUCAUAUUCCUCAAAUUCAGACACACAAAUGACGGCCCAGAGUUUCGCAGACUUCAGGAUCUCCCCAUGGAUGAUAUGCUGGAGGACGCGCCUCUCUCCAUGUACAGCUACUGAAAACCCAGAUGUUCCUCAGACAUCUUCAGAGCGCCCAACAUCCUCUGAUCAACACAACACAGACACAAUUAAAUGAGCUUCACAGAGGCACAAACACUCCUGUUGUUUCUGUUACAGGACUAAAUGUAGCGUCAUACUCCACUUUAGUUGUUAAAUUCACCGUGGCCGUCAGUUGCUGUUCGUUGGGUUGUUUUCUUGCACUUUAUGUGGGGUUUGGGAAGGUUGUGUGCUGCGGGGAUAUUUGGGAGCUGUUUUUGACUGUAUGUGUUCAUUUGUUUCUCUGAUAGUCGUGUCGUCUCUGGAUCUGCUUCAGCUGUGUGUGUGUGUUUGUGUUACAUGGUCUAAUUCUAGAAUUAACCUGCUGCUUUGUUUUUUUUUCUGAUCAACUUCUUGUUAUUUCUUAAAAGAAUAAUUCACUCUA